ACUGCCAUGGCUCUCUUUCCAAUCGUGCUUUUCGCACUCCUGCGCUACUCGGCCGCAAAUGUGCCAACGGAUCUGAGCUCGAGUGAAAUCGAUGCGGGUGUUUCCACCGGUUCUUGCCAGGCGCUUGAAUACUUGGUUGUGCUCACCGGCCACCUGCAGAUUGAUAUUGAAGAACUGAGGAACAGAACUGACGCCCAAUUCACGGUAUCGAUAGUUGCUUUAGAGACUACUGUGCAACAACUACACGCAACAGUGGAAGACCAGAUCAUCAUCAUCCAGCAACAAGGAACUGCAAUACAACAGAUGCAGACCCUAUUGGGCCAAAUGUCAGGCAAGCUGAACGGUCCCCGUGACUGUAUGGAACUGUUAACGACUGGACACGACACCAGCGGGGUGUACACCAUCUACCCUGAUGGAGGAGGGAAAAGUCCUGUUCACGUCUACUGUGACAUGGACACUGACGGGGGUGGGUGGACGCUAUUCCAAAAGCGCCAAGAUGGUUCAGUCAACUUCUAUCGAGACUGGGAGGACUACAAGACAGGGUUUGGUGACUUGAGGGGAGAGUUCUGGCUAGGUAACGACCACCUGCACCGGCUGACGGCCCAGGAUGUGUACGAACUGAGGGUGGAUCUGGAGGACUUUGAGGGUAACACGGCCUACGCCAAGUACAACAUCUUCAGGGUGGAGGAUGAGGUGCACAAGUACAGGCUCACUGUGGACGGGUACUCGGGCACUGCAGGUGACGCCAUGACCGACCCAGCCCGUCCUCACAACGGCAUGUACUUCUCUACACGGGACAGAGACAACGACAUCCACGGCACUGAUCACUGUGCAGAAACAUUCAAAGGCGCAUGGUGGCAUGAGAGGUGCCAUCGUGCCAACCUGAACGGGCUGUACCUUAGCGGGCCUCACCAGUCCUUUGCAGACGGUGUCAACUGGUAUCCAUGGAAGGGUUAUGAUUAUUCCCUAAAAACUACUGAAAUGAAGAUAAGGCCGAACUAG